GCUGAGGCAAGGGGAUCCGUUCUAAUGAAUGGCAACCUGCCCAAGCAUGCAGCACAGCCCCUGAAUCAGCACUUGAGCUGAAGCAGAUUGGUCAUUGUCCCAGCAUCUCACAUCUUACCCAGGUCACGAUGGUGCCGUUGGGGCACUUAGCCAAAGGGGCCACUUUGGAAGAUCUUCUUGAAACCUGCAUUCAGUCUUUCGAUUUAGAAGGAAAUGCAUAUCAAAACAACCAUCUGCUAAAGAUAAUUCUGGCUAUGCAUCAGUUUAUCAUCUCCUCGGCAGACAUGCUCCAGAAACUCAUUGAUCUCUAUCUUAGUGCUUUAGAAAGUAAAUCUUCCAUGCUGUGUGUAAAGAUAUGCUAUUUUGUGAGGUAUUGGAUUACAGAGUUCUGGGUUAUGUUCAAAAUGGACUCUAAACUGUCCACAACUAUGGAGGAAUUUCAAGAACUAGUUAAAGCUAAUGGCGAGGAGUUACACUGUCGUCUAAUUGACACAACUCAAAUAAAUUCUAGAGAUUGGUCUAGAAAGCUGACACAGCGUGUAAAGACCAACACCAGUAAGAAACGGAAAGUCUCACUUCUUUUUGAUCACCUUGAGCCAGAGGAGCUAUCAGACCACCUUACCUAUCUUGAAUUUAAGUCUUUCAGAAGAAUAUCAUUCUCAGAUUAUCAGAACUACAUUGUGAAUAGUUGUGUGAAGGAGAAUCCAACAAUGGAAAGAUCAAUUGCUCUUUGCAAUGGUAUCUCUCAGUGGGUGCAGCUAAUGGUCCUCAGCAGACCAACACCACAGCUUCGGGCUGAAGUGUUCAUCAAGUUCAUUCAUGUUGCACAGAAGCUCCACCAGCUGCAGAACUUCAAUACAUUAAUGGCAGUGAUAGGAGGUCUCUGUCACAGUUCAAUUUCCAGACUCAAGGAAACAAGCUCGUGUGUUCCUCAUGAUGUAAUUAAGGUGUUUAAUGAAAUGACAGAACUGCUUUCAUCGUACAGAAAUUAUGAUAGUUACCGACGUGCCUAUAAUGAGUGCAGUAACUUUAAGAUCCCAAUACUUGGGGUCCACCUGAAAGACUUGAUAUCACUUUAUGAGGGCAUGCCAGACUACUUAGAGGACAAAAAAAUUAACAUAUACAAACUAUACUCUCUAUAUAACCACAUAAAUGAGCUGAUACAACUUCAGGAAAUGCCACUUCCCUUGGAGGCUAAUAUGGACCUUGUUCAUUUGCUUACACUGUCCCUUGAUCUUUACUACACAGAAGAUGAAAUUUAUGAGCUUUCAUAUGCCCGAGAGCCACGAAGUCACCGAGCUGCUCCUUUGACACCUUCCAGACCACCAGUAGUUGCAGACUGGGCCUCAGGAGUAGCCCCAAAACCUGAUCCAAAAACCAUCAGCAAACAUGUUCAGAGGAUGGUAGAUUCUGUCUUCAAAAAUUAUGACCAUGAUCAGGAUGGAUACAUUUCCCAGGAAGAAUUUGAAAAGAUAGCUGCCAGUUUUCCUUUCUCAUUUUGUGUAAUGGCGAAGGACUGGGAAGGUCUGAUUAGCAGGGAUGAAAUAACAGCUUACUUUAUGAGGGCUAGCUCAAUCUAUUCCAAAUUAGGACUUGGCUUUGCUCACAACUUCCAAGAGACCACUUACUUGAGGCCUACUUUCUGCGACAACUGUGCUGGAUUUCUAUGGGGAGUCAUUAAACAAGGAUACAGAUGCAAAGACUGUGGAAUGAACUGUCACAAGCAAUGCAAAGACCUGGUUGUGAUAGAGUGCAAGAGAAGACCCAAAACAUCAAUUGCAGACAGCAGCCCAACAUCUGCUCUUGCUUCAAGCCUCUGCCCAGUAGGAGUCAAAGAACAAUUCCAUGGACAAGAAGAAGGACUGUUCACAUUUCCUAAUGGAGAAGUAGUGGAACACAGUGAAGAUAGCAAGGACCGAACCAUUAUGCUCAUGGGUUCCUCAGCUCAGAAAAUCUCAGUGAGACUGAAACCAUCUGUGGUUCAUGAAGGUACACAGACUGAUCCUGUACUGCUGGCUGGUGAUGUAUCUCGUAGGCAGAUUGAGAAGAAAGAACAUAAGAUGCCAGAAAAUGCUUAUCUCCAGCCAGCUCCACCAUCCCCAUUUCCAAGCCCACUUCUAGGCCGCAAAAAGGCGUAUGUUAAAUGGGAAAACAAGGACUCCAGCCAGAAAAAGAAGGAGGAGCAUCACAGCUGUAAACCCUCAUACCAGGAGCUUGAGCAGGAAAGAAAUAUUCUAAAGGCACACAAUGAAGGUUUAAAGAUCCAACUGGAACAGGCACAUAAAACAAUUGAAUCUCUCACAAUCCACAGAAGAAACCAUGUAGCGGACAACCUACAGCACAGAGACUGCUCCUAGCAGACAAGAGUGGAAAUCUCCUAUGGCAGAAUGUAAGACUGAAGGAGGGGUUGUGAUAAAGCUGCUUUACCAAGUGAACUGGAGAGUCUGAAGGAUGUUAAACAGAAAUAGUCUCUUUACUCAACACAUUUCAAUAUUAAACACACACUCGCAAAUGUAUAAAUCCACCUCUUUGACUUUGUAAGGUAAUUUAGCAUUAUCUCUGCAAUGAAAAUAGUUUCUUCUGGGUUUGUUUUUAAAAGGAGCGACAUUGUUGCUGAAGUUUCUGUUCAUGAUGAAGACCAUGUGGAUUCCUCAGUGACUUGGCUGCCAGCAGCAUAUCCUACUCUACAAGUGUUCAAACAAAGUUGAUAUUCAUGAGGCUGUGUCUCCUCAGAUUUGGCCUAAAUUUAGGUUUGUAGAAACAAACAUUCAAUAAAGCUGAGUAUUUAAGUAAAACUAUAGAAAUAUUCCAUUAAGAGAAACAGUUAACAUUUUGGCUGAAACCAUUAAAUCAUGAUAUGAACUGUCAUCUUUAUUUCCAAAGUUUAACAAGAAUAUUAAAAGUAGUUAAGCUAAUGAUAUUUGAUUAUUUGACUCUUAGACUUUGUUAAGAUAGACUGACAGGUUUUUUAAAUCUCUUUCAGAGCUUUAGAAGUCCUGCUGCUUAAAGGCUUACCUUUGUUAAGGUAAAACAGAUGAGGCAAUAGUGAGUUUAGAUUGAAUAUUGUUUCCACUUUUAUGUUCCAUGCCAUGGCUUGGAACACAGCCCUACUUUUUUGGCUUAAGGGAUAACUUGUUGUCUGGUUAUUUUUCUCUCACAUCAAAGUGGACACUGUUGUUGAGUAGAAGCUCAAGGGUCAUAUUAUGAGGGAAAUUGUACAGUAAUCCCAGUGCAACAGUUACUGUAUACCAGAGCAGAGGAUUCUCCAUUUUCGCUCUCCUAGAUUUCAUAUGCACUUUAGGUAAAGAGUCAAGAUGAGUGUGCUCUUCUGUGUGUAAAUUUUGUAUAGUAAAAGGUGCUAGGGAGGUAACUUAGUUUUCUUAAAGCUACAAAGUGUACAUAUUGUUAAGAGACAACAAAAUGGUCUUUCAAGUUACUGAUAAAUCUACUUGUCAGAAUAGCCAAUUCUAAAUUGCAUUUGUGUUUCAAGAGGAUCUGUACACUUUAUGGUUGUAUAAAACUUGCUUGUAUUUAUCAAACAGGGAUUUGUCAUCACACAUUUAAACAUCAGAAACUUAGUUAUCUAGACUCCACUUAAUGCUCCUCAAAACUUGUAAGUUACAAGUCCUUUAUAGAUUGAAAUUUAGUCAACUUAUUACAAUAGCAUGUGCACUUUGUGUUCAAAGUGGUAUAAAUGUACGUUCUAUCCACAAUUUAUAGUCCUUACCAAGUAUAUGAAUGCUUUAUUUAUUAAAAAAAGUCCAUUUGAAACUACUUGCCAGUUUAGUGAGUCUAAAUUCUUGUUUUGAACCUGGUUUGUGCUUGCAUCUUCUUGUAUAAGUAAAAACAAAGUGAGGGAACUAGUAGUAGUAGAUUUUCUGUUACUUUACUGUAAAUAAUGGACAUGUGUAAGACAAAACCCAGCAGCUGUGAAGACUCUGCAGCUUUUUUCCUCAUACACUAAACCUGAAUUAUUAACAUGGAAUUGCACUUUGAUCAAUGAAGCAAUCAGAAUGGCUUCCAGGUCUGCAAACUUGCUUUGCCCAUUUUCUGUAAGCUUCUUGAUUUUGUCCUCUAUUCAGGGAAACUACAGUAAGGCAUAUUUCAAUAGGCAUUUAGCAAAUACAGUUUGUUUCUGCAACAAUUAAAAUAAACAAGGUAAAAGUUGAAUGUAUUUUCAUGUAUUUUGAAAAUAACCCAGAAGAGCAGCUAAGACUCAUAAAUCUUGUUGUGCAGCUAAGACAACUGAUUGCUUGUAGUCUAAACUCUGGAUUCUAAUAGAAUUUGUGUGUAUUUGUAUAUACUUUGUCUGUGCUGAGGGCGAAGAUCAUGAACAAAAGCUCUUAUUUAAAAAGACAAUUCCCAAACAUCAGCAGCUGGCCCAAAGGCUACUGUGUUAAUACAGAAAAUCAAGUUAUGACCAUAGAUCUGUACAGCCUUAAACGCUAACUUAAUGUUCUGCUGUGCUGUCAUCUUGUUCCUACAAACAAUCUGAACAACUUAAAAGGGAUCUGUUUGCAGAAAUGUCCUACAGAACACAUGCAUGGUACUUCAUGUAUGCUGAAGACUUCCUGCUUCAAAGAGGUCAGUUGAUACCUGAAGAAUUUCAGAGCUCUCAAAGAUUCUUCAGGUUCCCUGUUUGCCCAAAGCCCCUUAUUAUAGUUUUCUCCCUCCCCCCCUUUUUUUUUUUUUAACUUCUUUUCUUAGUGGUAAGCCUGCCUCUCUGCUGGGACUUCCUCUCUGCUGCACCGGAGUAAUAGCAGAAACUGAAUGCAGGGAUACUGCUAAAAGUGACAAAGCUACUGAACAAACCUCACAUCUGUAUUAAUUUUCAAGCUGCUUUAUGCUAGGAAAUACGAUAAAAUUAAAGUACUAAGUGCUGUUUAAAAGUCAUGUUAGCAAACACUGGUAUUGACAUUUAUUUUGUCAUGGCUAAUUUAAAUGAGAAGCACUCGCCUUUAUUCCUCCAGGCUCAGCUCUGUUUCACUUACAUACAGGAAGGCAGAAAAUACAAGUGCCCUCCCCACCCCACCCCCAACUACUGUUUAUUUUAAAUAAAGUGUGAAUUCUGAUGGUUUAAAGAUAAACAGAGUAACAUCACAAUUAAAAAAAACAGAGCUACUGUUCAUAUUCAGAUUAAACACAACUGCCUUUAAAGUAGCUUACAUACCUUUUUUGGAAAUAUGUUUUUGUUACAGUAGCAAUGUGUUAUUUUGUUGUAACUGAUCUCUGUGGCAACUUGAAAAGUUAUUGGUUUAAUGCUGUUUGAGAAGAUUGAAAAAGUGUAUAGCUUGUAAAGAUUUUAUAUAAAUUGUAAGAUUUCAGUUUAAUAUUUGUAAUAGAAAAAAUACUAAGAUUGCACUUCAUGCCUCUGAGUUUGUAUCUCAAAGAAAUCUGAACCACCUAUAUACAUCUUCCUUGACCCUGUUGUCUGAGACAUGUCUGCAGGAUUAACCUAGUACCAGAGUCCCAGCUCAGCUUCACCUUCUGUGAGCCUUGGUAAUGCUGCCUGAGAAAACAUUGAGGAAGCUCUGUGUUUGCAGAUUAGUCUUUCCUUAUUUGAGCGCUUGAUACAGUACAGACACUUUUGGUACUCACACUUCCAAGUAUUACAAAGCACAUUAGUACAAUCCCUCACAUUUGUUAAGGGUACCAAUUCUUGAAAGAUUUCACAGAGCAAUGUUUAAACAAGGCUUCUGUAGCAUCUGCUAACACUGGUUAUUGCACAGGCAGCACUGUAGCACCCUAAAGACUUGCUAUUCUUUACAUUGUAGUAACCCUCAAAAUACCUUAUAAUCUCAAAUAUGUUUUUACAUAGGGAGAUGAACACUCAUUCAGUUAUCUUCAGUCAUCAGAGGGAGAUGAGGGAAGAAGACAAGGAGUGCAAACUACUGAAAACAGUUCCUGCUUACAUGGGCAGAUCUGCUCUAGUCUUGCCCAUACAAACCAAGUUGUGUUUUACUUCAUAAUUAUAGAAAUUCAGAAAAGAAAACUUCAGAAGUAAUUUGAGAUAUUUCCUUAGUUUAUGUAAAGACAACAGUAACUAUCAUAUAGGCCUAUGAUUUUUUUUUUUUUUUAACUAAGACAAAGUUUAACUGAGACCCUUACUAAUCCCAGGCAGUGUAAUAGGGAUGUAUUUGUGGCGUUCCCUGUCAGUUGGAAUUCUCCUAUAUUGUUAUCUAUAGCCUUCUUCAUUUUGGUCAAAAUACAUCUUAUUUUUCAUUACCAUAAAAAGUAUGUUCCAUCACCAUUGUAAAUCACCAGCAAGAGGAACAUAUGACAGUGGAUCCAAAUCAUACUACACAAGGGAUGCAAGUAACUUCAAAUACAGUGCUUUAUUCCUCAGUGUUUACAGCUGCUAACAAAAGUGUCUCAAAUCCUGAAAAAAAAAUCCCCAACCCAUUUUUCAAUUCUUGAGAACAAAACAAUACUCAGGUAAAUAUUCACUAUGCGUGAAUAAACACAAAAAUGCUCACAAACAUAUAUAUGAAAAUCUUUUACUUAGAACAGAAUUUUUGAAAAUAAUUUUUUUCCAAGACAAACAUACAAAAUUUGAGGUUUAACUUAAUUAUUAUCAUGGUAUUAUUGCAUUUUUUGAUAAAUUAAAAGCAUACAUUCUGACACCAGAGGACAGAAAAGGAUACCUCCAUGAAAUGUGGUGGUGCUUACUUUGGUUUUCAACUACCGGCUUCGCGUCUUGGAAUUGCUUAAAGAGAGACUGAAAUGGCCAGAUUGAAAAAAAAUAAAACAAAAAACAAACCACAAAAUCUCCAACCUGUUCAAAUUUCAAUUUUCUACAAGGUCUACAUAAAGAAAACUGAAAUAUGAUAUUAAAAUAAUUAACUGUUAGAAUUACACAUAGGCAUAUAUCUGGUUCACUUGAUGGUUUACUUCAUUCAGAACCACCCUGUCUGCUACAAACAGGAUAAAUCAAUGAGUGUAAAGGCACCAAGGCAUAUCCACGUACAGAGUUACACCUGUUCAACUAAAACCAGCACAUCUCCACAUCUUAAGAUUGAUGAAAUCUUUAGGUGUAGAUAAGCCACUUGAUUUCCCUAGUAUGCUUCCUUGGUGAAGCUAAAUGCUUGACUGUUGUUCAGAAAUUACUUAUAGCAAAAACAUAACAUUGGGAUGAGCAAAUAGAAUUUUAUAUUAAGGCUUCGGUUGUUAAAAACUCCUCUCUCUACUCCGUUGCUGACCAACACUUCACCUCUAUGGCCAGCAGUCUCACUUGGUGUGUCACCGAUCUGUGAGCUAUUGCAGAGCAUUCAGCAAAAAACAGGCUCAAGAGCACAAACCCCAGUAGUGUGCUCCCACACAACCCUUGGGGGUCUCCAUAAUGACUGCAGAGGCUGACAGUGGUGUAGGCCAGAAAGCAGUGUAGAAGAAAACUGGCAAAGGAACUGUAUUGCUAGCAAUUGGCUGAAGUUAAGCCAUUAUUUUAAGAGUUCACAUCCAAGCUAACACGUUCAAGCAAGGAAAACUCCUGCUCUUCUUUGUUAGGCACCUGCCUGGACUCUAAAGUAUGGGUAAGUCCUUAUCUUUUCCAUUACAAGCGGCAUUCUCAAGCAGACUAUGAUCAAAGAGAAAAUAAUGGAGAGAAACUUUUGCCAUUUAUCUGGAUUAAAAUUUUAAAUUAAAAGGUUGGUGAUGGCUAAUUAACAAAAUCUGACACAGGCUUUUGAAAGAGAUAAUAAUUUGAUUUUGAACAGAGCUUCAUAUUCACGCAUAAAGCUGCCAAUGAAAGAGGGCAUGAUGCACAUGUUCCUGAAGGUAAAAUAACAUGUCACGCAUACCAGAUAUGGACAGCAAUAGGAAACCUGUGCAGAAAGAACUUGUAACUGUGGAACAUAAAAGCAGAAGGAAAUCCUAAAGUUCAACCUGCAGUUAAGCCACAGCUACAUACUCAAAGUGCUUCAAGGUUUCUGCGCUACAUAAUCAACAGACACCCCCAAGUUUACCAGAUGCCUUCCCAAGUAUCUCCACAGUAACAUGACCCUGAAUACUGUCAUGAGUGUAUACUUGGGCAUCACCUCCCUGUUCCACCUUUGUACUCAGGAGUGGCCUCACAGUAGGGGAGGAGAUCUAAAAGAUGCUGGACAA